UGUACUCCAAUCUCUUUUCCUUUCUGUCUCAUACAAACACACACACAUACAGACACACGUGCUGCAGGGAAGAUCUGAGCGUUGGGUCGCUGAGCAUUCAAGUCCCCCCCUCCCGUCCCCUACUUCUUCUCCUUCUCCACUCUCCCUCUCUCCCUGUUCACCUUGUCUGUUCCGGCUGUAUGGUUUAUUGUUGCGUCAGAGCCAAAGAGAGCCAGCGAGAAGCAUGCCGGGGGAGAGCACUCACAGAUCUGUCCCCACCGACAAGCAUCCUGAGCAGGGGGCUGAGGAGACAGGGCUCCCUGGACCAGAUAUGACAAGACAUCCAUCUACUGACUCCACCCCUAGUGACAGUGGCUCCUCCCCAAGCGACAGUGGUUCCAGUCCCUCUCCUAGUACUCCUCAGAAGCUACUCCCAGCAUGCAACUCUCCAUUUGGACCACGCCUAUAUCAUGCAACACCAAGCUCUUCUGGCACUCCGAGACCUCAACCCGAAGGCUCUGAUCAUCGCAUCAACACACCCAGAUUGUCUGGAAAGCUUGGUGGUCAUGGACCAUGUGGCCGCCACAUCCCUGUCAAAAUGGAGAGAAUUAAGGUUCUGACUGGUUCAGAGAUAGAGAGCGACUAUCAAGAACCCCAGGCCAUUGACACAAGGGUGGUGAUGGGUCAAGAGACACUGCUCAAAACUAUGGAAAUCCAGAAAGGGAGACCUCUUCUUGAGCCAAGGGCCCUGGCUAUCCCCUUGCCAGCUAUUCCGAGCUUUUCAGAUCCACAUUCACAAGCAAAAGAAACUGAGCUGGAACUCAGCAAAGAGCAAAGCCAAGCCCAAAGCCCUCAGAAGCAGCAGGAGCAGCAAAAAGAGCCUGUGCAACCUCCAAGUUCCCUUCCUUUUCACAGCACCUUAUGCUCUUCUUCAUCCUCUCUGGAGCCAAUCGUAAUUGAUGGCAAUGUGGUUGAAAACGAGGAAGAAGAUCAAAACCUUUCUGACAAUGAAGUGCCUUCCGAGUCUUUCUCUGACCUGGCCUGUCCAGUUGCUUUGUCCUUUUCUGAGCCGGCCUACACAGUUGACCCACUACGAGUGGGUGUGCCCUCAUCUCUUGACCCCGACUUGUAUUAUACAGCACCUUCUACCCCAAUCAAGAUGGCUUCCCGUUCCUCGCACCUCAAACACCAUUCAUAUCCUGGUUCUCCAGCAUGCCCACUCUCCCCUGGCUCUCCCUCAGACAGUGAGGAUCUUUGCUCUCCUCUCACCUCUCCUUCUGGCUCCUAUAUCACAGCAGAGGGUGGCAGCUGGGCCUCCUCGUACACCUCUUCCACCUCCCCCUCCACCUCCCCCAACCUUCUCCUCACUGAAGAGGCGCAGGAAGCCCCUGCUUGCUUCGUGGGCUCCUUGUCAGAGAUUGGAGAUGAAGUUGGGGAAGACAAAGGCCGAGGAGGUCCAGAGCGGGAGGAAGAGAGAGCAGGGGACUUCUGUGUUUAUCAUUCUCCUGAUUUUGUCAUGAAUUCAAGGAUGGGCAUAACAGGAACAGUGAUACUUGAGGAAGAGGAAGCUCUUAAAGGUGAGGAGGUGAAGAUAUCCAGAGAAAGUUGUCGUCCUUGCUGGGUAACUGAAGAUACUUCCCCGCUGAGAAGCAGCAGCAGCCGUAGCAGUGAUUCUCAGGAGGAUGGGGUGGAAUCUGAAACCUCUCUUUGCCCACUGGAAGAGUCUGGUUCAAGGGGAGCAGAAUUUGUGAACCCCAUGCAGACAGGCCUUAAACUGCAGCUGGAGACAUGUAUAUCAGAAGAGCAUUACGGACAAAUGGAUGACGACCCAGACUUACCCUCCACUGCCUUGACUCCUGACACAGAGAACAUGAGUAUGGCCUCUUCUAGCCUUGGUCCUGACUCACCUGUCAUCCCCUUGGAUGCCUUCUGCCCGGGAGCCUUUGGAAGGCUGGACCCACGCUCUUUCUUGCUCUCUCAGGCAGCCUGUUCUGAUGACAUACCAGAUGAUGAAAGAAUGAUCCCUGCCUCCCUCAUCUCCUUCCCCCUCCACACUAGCCUCAUCUUUAAGGCUGAUUCAAUGGAAAUCACCCUCUUCCCCACUGAAGAAGAGAAUGAAAUAGAAGAAGUCAAUGAUGGACAUAAAGAAGGAGACGUGAACGCAUAUGCAGCAGGUGAGGAGGAGGCAGAUGUUGAAGAUGAGGAUGAAGAUGAAGAAGAUGAUGAUGACUUUGAUUUUGAUGACAAUGGUGAUGGCAAUGCUAACAGUACUGCUGACAGUAAUGGAGACAAUGACGAAUAUAAUGACAGUGACAAUCAGGAAGAUGCAGAUGAGGAAGCUAAGGUAGAGGUAAAAGUGGUUGAAGAGGAGGAAGAAGAGCUGGAAGAAGAUGAGGAGGAUUGUGAUAGCAAAGCAGUGGAAGAUAAUUCAGACGAGGAUAGCUCAGCAUCCUUCCUUCACUCACUUUCAGAAACAUCUAUAAAUGAGGGGUUGGAUGAAUCCUUCUGUUUCCAAGACGAUACAGAUGACUCAUUAGAUUCUGCCUCCUAUAAUGGGGAGGAAGAUGAGCGGUUAUACAGCACCGAGAGGCAUGCACAGUCACUAGAACCCACGGCGAUGGAUGCAUUUGAACAGAUUGAAAUCCAGCCAGAACUUGAACAGGAGUCCACUGGAAUGUGUCAGUCUGAACAUGUAGAUCACUCUGAAACUGCUGGUAUUCCUGAAUCUGAUGCAGCCCAUCAAGAGGGCAAUGAAGUACCACCCAAACCUCUGGAUGAACCUAAACUGCUUGAAUCAAAGUCAGACCCUGAACUGGAAUCUACUUGUGAAAUAGAUCAGAUGACACCUUUGCUCACAGAUAAACCAAUGGAGCAAGAUAAACUGUCCAGUCAUGCAGUAGUAACUUCUUGUCGACCCAAGUCCUCAAGCAAUUUGGGUGAAGGUGGGAGUGAAGGGGAGAUAGAUAUCUCUGUUUCUUCCAAACCUGCUCAGCAGCAAAAUGACGACCUUCACUUUAAUCACUCCACAGCUCCGGAUGUCACUCAGUCUCUUCCUCCUAUUGCCACUUUCUCACAGGAGACCACAGACAUUUUCAGAUCAGUUGUGCUAGAAAAGACAGCUGAGGAAAGCUCAGAGAAGAAAGAGGAGGAACCAGAAAGAGACUCUUUUAAGUUGCUCAUCAAGCCCCGCCACAAUCAGCCAGAGAGUCAAAAGACUGUAGGAGCAAGUAGACUUGCAUUAUCAAAGUCCUUCUCCAACAAGUAUGAUUUUUCUGGAGGGGCAGCGGCUAUGUGUAGGUCAACUUUACAAAGGGAAUCUGACACUGAACUUGAGCAGGAGAAUGCUUCAACAGAGCUAAUGAGUGCGGACUGUACAAACAUUGAUUUGGGGUCCUCUAUGAAUGUGGCUACUGCAACCAAUGACUUGAAUAAAGGCGUUCUUCUUCUCUCCUGCUCUAGUCCCAACCCAUGUCAAAACCCCAGUAACAUCCCUGUGUCUGCAUCUCCAGAGAUUAUCCCAGAACAUGCUGACAAUCUGCCGAUGACCCCUGAACACUGCCCCAGUGACUCCACCCAGGAGAACUUGAGGGAAAACACUCUAAGUACUGAUGAUGGUGUGCUGGGUGCUGUUGGAUCCCCACAUUCUCCACUUGCCAUUUCCCCGAAAAGGGAAAACUCAGAAACAGACACAAACAGAAAAAUAGACUCUGGGGCUACAGCAUGGUGUGACAACAGGAUUGGGUUGGGACUACUUCAGGGAUUUGGGUCAGGGCCUGAAUUAGGUGUCUGGGGAGCAGGGGACUCUCUCUCUCUCUCGUUGGGGAAGAGGUAUGAGUUGGAAGCAGAAAGUCUGCUGAUGUGUGAUGCAGAGGGCCAAAGCACACAGACUGCCAUGUCUCCUACCAUGAGCAGUGAAUUAUGCCACAAUAAUGACAAUGCUCUGGGUUCUGUUUUGGAUGACGACGAUAACAGUCUGUGUGGAGAGAGAGACAUGAUGGCAGAUGAAGAAUUGGUAGAAAAGGGAACUUGUGAGUCCAACUUAGUUCAAUGGAAGUCCAUUGAGGAGAUAUCAGAAGCAGGAGGAGGAGAAGAUGGAAGCUCCAGAUUCCCAGAGGAUGAUGUCAGUAAUCUGAAUCCUGACCAAGAUAAAGAUAACACAGACAUACAAAUACAAGACACUUGGAAACAUUCUGACAAUAUCAGUGACCCUGCUUUUGACUCCUUUGAAGUAGCCUUAUGUGGAGGUUUGAAUGCUCUAUCGGAGGAAGUGAGACCACAGAGUGCCAGUGCCAGUGUUAGAGAAUCUGUGUCCAAUAUUCCACUUGAAGAGAUACCACCUCAGAUCUCUUCAUCCAUUUCUGGAGAUGAAGACCCAACUGGUAGAUCAAUAAUGCCACUGAUUGACAUCAAAAUCAGCCCAGAGGUCCAAGCAGUCACUCAAGAGAGUAAUGAACCGUUUCCUUUGCUACAAGGGUCCUUUGGCUCCUUUUCUCCAAAGUGUAAAACUAAUCAAUCCAAACCAAGUAUGGCCUGUCAAGACAAGAUGGAAAAUGAUAAUUCUCAGUCAGAGAUGGCGAAGCCUCAGACUGUUUGUCACCAAAAAGAUGUUGUCUUUCCUGUGGCUGACAGACUUGUUGAUGAACCAAAGACAACAGAUGCCUUUAGAGGAGAGCAGUGUGUUGUUUGUAACUCAGGGGACGAAGAUGAGAAGGAAAAAGAAGAGGAGACAGCAGAAGAGAGCGGACAACUGAAAGUUAUGACGAACACAAAGGAAAUAGAAACCUCUUCUGCACACAAAAACCCAGAGCACGAGGGGCUUUGUACAGAUAAACCAAAUGUUUCUAAGAAAAGCAGGAGAGGGAAGCAAAACAAACACAGGACAUCCCAGAAGGGCAGUCAUGCUGACCCUAUCCUUGACUUUGUUGAAGAUCCAAAGGAACCAUCUGUUCCCCUGAAAACCACAGCAGAUGGAUGGUCAAAGGGAAUCACAGACGAUUCUAAAACUGAGAAAGGCCAAAAGGCUAACAGCAGAGAUUCAGCCUCUGAUUGUCAUCUUAGUACAACCGAGGCAGACAAAGCUCAAUCUGGUUCACAGAUGCACAGGGAUACCAGUCCCAUUCCUGAUGUCAAAAAUCCUACCCCAGGAUAUUGCAAAUUAUCUUCACAUACCUCACACAACCUCAAUGCUGGGACGACAACAAACCAUGAAUUACAUCAGAAACCGGAGGUUCUUGAUAACAGACCACUGACUGAUAAUCAGAGAGGAAUUACAGUAGACAUUAAUGACAACAACAUAGAUACUGUCCCUUCAACCCAGGAUAUCUUAUCAUGUUCUCUGACUCCACUCUCUUCCUCAGCAUCUCCUGUUUCCUCCUCCUCUCCUCUGCACUUAAAUUCAGCAGACCCUGAAGAUGAUCUUCCCACACCUGUGCAGGAGUCCCAACCUGUCCUUUCAGCCCAGCAGCAGUCUUCACUGCCAGUGUGCCACAUCACCCCUACAUUUCUCUCAACCUCCCCCACAACACAAGCCAAUUCCAAAUUUCUUCCUAACAGCAACCUCCAAGAGGUCACUGUUGUCCUUUAUACAUCAACUACAUCUACCACAAGUGUCUCUUCACCCUCACUCUCCACUGCCUUGCCACUGAGCCCCUCUCUGCCCACCCAGGAGUCCUCUUCACCUGGGUCUGGGACUUUUGAUUCAGAAUGGGUUCCAGACUCUUUAUCCCCAACCAAAUCUCAGGCCUGUCAAGAGUCUCAGCCUAAUCUCAACAUUCAGAAACAAAUCAAGCAGGGUCACAAAUCCAGUACACAAGGCAGAUGCAGAGGUCCCAGUUUGGCUGAGGAAGAGACAGACAGUGAGGAUGAUAGUGGACUGCUGCCACGUGGUCACAGAUCCCAGCCCAGAGGAGUUACAGGAAACAAAAAUGGAUCCAUGCAGAACGAGUGUGGCUCAUCUAAUCAGCGGGAAUUACAACCUUUCUCCACCCACCAAAUCACAGACAGACAGUCAGGAUGUCCUAUCAACCAUGGACACACAAUUUCUGAAGAGAUCAACCUCUCCUUCAAAAAUAACUGCUCCGUGCUGACUUCAUGUAACGAGUCAGAAAGCGAGGGAUCAGUACCUGAGCUGGAAGAGCCAGAGCCACUGAGACCGUCUGAGCCUCAGUCUAUCUCCUCUGCAGAUGAAGGGCUUAACAGACCAAAACAGAGUCGCAGUGAAAAGAAGGCGCGCAAGGCCAUGUCCAAACUGGGUCUGAAGCCAGUCCAUGGUGUUACCAGAAUCACCAUCAGGAAGUCCAAGAGUAUCCUGUUUGUCAUCAACAGACCAGACGUGUUCAAAAGCCCUGCAUCAGACAUCUAUAUUGUAUUUGGAGAGGCAAAGAUCGAGGACCUAUCACAGCAGGCACACAAAGCGGCUGCAGAGAAAUUCAAGGUGCCUGUGACCUCGUCUCCUUUGGCCCCACCUGUUCCACCCAGCCUCACCAUCAAAGAGGAGAGUGAAGAGGAGGAGGAAGAGGUGGAUGAAGGGGGUCUGGAGCAGAGGGACAUUGAGUUGGUGAUGGCUCAAGCCAACGUGUCUCGAGCCAAAGCCGUCCGUGCACUGAAACACAACAAGAAUGACAUUGUGAAUGCAAUCAUGGAGCUGACCAUGUAAGUGGCGAGGAGGAUUUGACCAUUGACCCCCCUCCCACAGCCUAUGAAGCCUAAACUCCACUGACUCUUCUGUAUCGCUGCUACUGUAUGUUGCAUCCCCUGUAUCUGCUAAAUAAAGUCUGU